UUGAAAGGGUCAUUAAAGGUCAAAUCUUACUUGGAAGUUCUAAGAAAUUGUUACAGAUGCCGAUCGCCAAUCAAUCACCAUCCACCUUCACAAAAAAUGGUGACCAUAACAAUAUGUCAUCACUUUUUGGUAGUAGUGCCAUAAUUUUUGCUAAAAAAUUUGUCAACACUUCUGUAAUAUUCAGUGUUUCCAGUCUGUUUUGUCCAUGGUUAGAAGUAAAAGCUGUUAAUAUAUCAAAGUACGAAAAGGCCAUUGGUUGGUUCAUUGGCCAUUCAUUGGUUGAGGUAAAGUUGAGACACAACGGCAAAAAUCAAAUAAAAAUCAACACCAAAGAUUUUGUAAGUAAUUUUGUUUGGUACUAGAUGAUAUUUUUAUCAAUUUCAAAAGUGGUAGUUAUUACUGUAAUUUAUACCUGAUGGGUGUUUUCAAUGUGAUCAAUCGAUUAAUUCCGAGUCCUGACGGAAUGGCUAUGAUUAUUAGGUCAGCUCAAUCUGUCAAUGUUGCGAUUGUUUGACUUUUGGCUGUGUCUUUACCACCUCACUUAGCAUAGGGUCAAUUAGCUUACUAGUAAGGGAUUUAAGUGAAAGUCUCAAUGCAUUGUUGACGAUCCAAAAUUUAAUCCAGAUUUGUGCAGAUUGCAUUUUUGCAAGGGUUAUGCUUUGCUCCGAUUUUCACUACGGUGCCUGUUUGAUUGAGUAUUUUGUUCAAAAUUGAAUACAAUAUUGAACAAAACACUCAAUCAGCUGUUCGCCAGUCGAUGGAUCGGAGCAAAUGUGACCCAGGCAUAACCUAGAUUAAAACUGUGAUGUAGGCAAUAUUGACUUCUUAUGUUAUACACUCCCUUCACUAAUACAGAAGUUUGAGAAACAGAAGUCUCCAUUUUGUAGCAUGUUAAAGACAAUUAUGUUUGAAUUUUAAUUUUGUUUCCAUUUUGUAGCGUGUUAAAGACUAGGCCCUAUUAUGUUUGAAUUUUAAUUAGUUUCUUUUACAAUUGGUCACAUGAUUCAGAAGGGGGCUUAAAUUAAAUUCGAACAUGACUGUAUUCAUGCCUUCUAUAAACUGUAAAGUCAACAUUUCAUCCAGGAUAUAUUCGCGAAGAAUAACCCUGGUAAUAUGUGUAAUGUGUGAUGUCAUAAUGGCAGGUUGUAGUAAUGGCUGACCAUAAUGAACAUUCAAAACAUUUUGG